GUUAAGUUCCCAAGACAGGAACACUGUUGUUUAAUUCAGACUCUGAGGUCCAUGGAUACAGUUGAACCAAAGCAAAUUCAUUUCUAUGUUUGCAGUCCAAAAUGCCCGCUGCUCCUUCUGACACUGCAGAAAACACUGAGCAAACAAAGGAGAAAGAUGACCCAGUAAAUGCCACAAUACAAACACGAAGCAGACGACGAAAAGCCUCGGCUAUCACAACGAACAGUGACCAACCUGUUACAAGCACCUCGGAACCCGUUAAACCAGAUAUUCUUCUCCAUCAUAAAGAAAUGGAGUCGCACAUCACCUUACUCGAUCAGCACAGCAAGGAACAAAGGGAGAACUUACAACAACAUCAGAAACUUCUGGAAAUAGAAAGAGGAAAGCUGCAAGAGAUGGAAGAGGAGAAAGAACGCCAACUUGGACGGAUGAUGGAUUUGGAGAUUAGUUAUUCUACAGAUAAAGAACGUCUGUGUGAAAGAAUCCGAGUUUUAGAAAACGCUUUGGCGGAUAAAGAUCACUCGUUAACUCAACAAGCUGUUAAUAUGACCUUUUUAACUAGUGAAUUGGAGCAAGAACGAGUUUCUGUACGGCAGCUUCGAAGCGAACUCGAACAAGAACGUGAAGCCAAUUCGCAUUUGCGUAAAGUUCAGAGCGAUCUUGUGCGGGUUCGCCUAGCUCUGGAUGAAGAGAAAACUGUACGUAACAUGAGGGAACAACAGCUUAAAGAGAAAGAAACAAGCUACCAUGGUUUACAAGGAACUUUGGGUGAAGAACAACAAGUGAGAUUGAGAUUAGAAGAAGAGCUACGCCAAGCUAGGAGUGCUUGCAGUGAGUUAGAGAGAAGGCUGGAAAAUGAACGGCUGUCAAGUCAGUCCAGGCGGGAAGAUAUCCAAGCGAAGGACGAUACUAUAGCAGAACAACUGCGUCUCUUGCAGCUGGAACGUGAACAGAAAGCAGACUUACAGGAAAGAUUAAGAAAUAUGCAGAUUCAAAUGGAUCAAGAAAGGAACAGGCGCAUCUCUAUUGAGAGAGAACUUACCGAGGAAAGAUUGACCUUGCAGCAAGAUCGAGAGAACCUUGAACGAGAACGCGAACGUUACGAACAACGCAUCCGCGACAGCGAAAGAAACGCGAUCGAAAGCGAGCACCGCCUUCGAGAAUUACAAUCAGCGGUAUCUAGUGCGCAAGACACCCUGGCCGAGUAUCGGCGACUCGAGCCACGUGAUUGGAUCAUCCGCCGUGACGAGGUCACCCUGUCUGAAAACAGUUUAGGUGUAGGGGCCUGGGGCAAAGUCUACGAAGGUUCAUUCCGCGGGUGUAAAGUUGCGGUGAAGCAGAUUCAUGAGCUUAUCCUGUCUCCUCAUAAUCGCAGAUUGUUUGAGCGAGAAAUGAGCAUUGCGUCGCGUUGUCGACACCCGCAUCUACUUCAAUUCAUAGGCGCGACAAACGACGACGGAAGCCCUUUGUUUGUGACGGAGUUGCUGGACACAGACUUGAGGAACAUUUUGACCCAGCGCGCGUUACAUCAAGAGGAGAUCAUUUGCCUCGCUUUGGAUGUCUCUCGCGGGCUCAACUAUCUCCAUCUCAAUAAACCAUUUCCCAUCAUGCACAGAGACAUUAGUAGUUCCAACGUGUUGCUUUGGAGACGAGAUAACAGUUGGAGAGCCAAGUUAUCAGACUACGGAGCGGCAAAUUUCAUGCGUCAGUACAUGACGGAGAAUCCAGGAGCAAGGAUUUAUGCUGCGCCAGAGGCUCUCACUUCUCAACAGUCUCCAAAGGCGGACGUUUACAGUUUCGGUUUAUUGUUGUGCGAGAUGUGCAUCAGAGAGCUUCCAGUCCCCCAGCAGAUCCACCAACAAAUAGGCCUGGUAACUAACGGUGUCCUUCGAGAGCUCAUUAUGCGUUGUGUCGCGAGGGAUCCCGAAGCCCGUCCCGCUAUAAGUGACGUCAUAGCAGUGUUGACGCA